AUGAGCGAGACAUGGGUCACUGAGACCGUCCACGGGGAGGUGGUGAAGGGUGGGGAGAUACAAAGCCUGAUCAACGGCAAGGAAGUCACCUUCGACAUCAAACAGCUUCGCGACAAGAUACCCCCUCACUGUCUCCAUGGCUCCCUUCCUCGUUCUCUCGCCUACGUCUUCCGAGAUCUGGCCAUGUUUGCGGCUCUGCUCAUGGCUGUCAUCUGGCUGGAGCCAAAGCUUGACACUUUGACAAGCCGCUGCCUCCGAUACUUGGUAUAUCCCUUUCUUGCUGGCCUGCCCUUGACCGGCUUAUGGGUUAUUGGGCACGAAUGCGGUCACGGUGGUUUCUCGACCUACAGCGCUGCAAACAAUACCGUCGGCUUCCUUCUCCACUCGGCCCUGCUAACGCCUUACUUUGCCUGGCGCUCGAGUCACGGACGUCACCACCAAUACGCUAACAACAUGUCGACCGACUUGAACUACGUCCCUUUCACUCGUGAUGAGUAUGAAGACAGCGCCCACGGCACUGCCAGCCGAGACCAUAUGACAGAAGACGCACCCGCCAUGGUAGUCGUUCGAAUUAUCAUCCAGCAGGUAAUUGGAUGGCCUUGGUACCUUUUGACACAUAUCACGGCAGGACCUGAGAGUUCCCCUCGAAAGUCUAAGGGAUGGUGGGACAACAGUCACUUUCUACCAUCCAGCUCCUUGUUUCGCGAAUCCGAGGGCGUGAACAUACUAGCUUCCGACUUGGGUAUUGCGUGCAUGUGCGGGCUCCUCUAUGUGGCCGGAACCUCCUUCGGAUUCCAGUCUCUUCUCUGGGGGUAUGUCCUCCCUUGGAUGUGGGUGAAUCACUGGAUCGUAAUGGUCACCUAUCUUCAUCAUACAUCACCAGAUCUACCCAAGUUCAAGGCCGAGAGCUGGACUUACCUCCGAGGAGCUCUUGCAACUGUCGACAGAGACCCUGGAUUUGUCUUGAGGCACAUGCUGCAUCAUAUCAUUGAUCUUCAUGUGGUUCACCAUCUAUUCCCUCGAAUUCCCCACUACCAUUAUCAUGAGGCCACCGAAGCAAUCAAGCCAUUGCUAGGAAACCUAUAUCACUCGGACAAGCAAAACUACUGGCGCGCUUUAUGGGAAGCGUUCACCCAAUGCCAGUGGGUCGAACCUAUUCCUGCCAAAACACGACAGGCGAGGCCCGACCACAGCACCAAAGACGCGGAAGGCGUUUAUCGUACUGAGAAAGACAUGUCCGACGAGGAUGGGGUUCUGUGGUAUCGCGGUGGACGCAUGCCACAGCCUGUAACUGUAAUGCGCGGCAGCUAG